CCGCGCGGGCGGGCAAUUAAGUGCCUUGGUCAGGAGGUAUUGUACACGAACAUGUAUUCUCGCCGUUUUUGGCACAUCUUUCGUAACCGAGUUUUUUCACUUUCUUUGAGAAUUCCGCGGAGCGAGAGACCAAGAAGAUGCGAAGAUAUGCGAGUCUGAGACCAAGACGAAAUGAGGGACUGCCUUGUAUAACUUUCGGGAUUCACAACUCUUCAAGUGAAAUAACAAAAUGUAGUAAACACCAUGCCUCUACUAGGUUGUAGUACUACUAAAACACCCUAGUCGUAGUUCACAUAGUCGUACUUAUAAAACACAAUAGAAUAACAAAACAUGUCGGCUCAGACUCGUACGAUCGAAGAUUCGAUUGAGCGGUCACUUGGGCCACUGUCCAAGAAGGCGCAAAAGAUGUCCGAGACGCAGAUCGUGUGCACGAUGGGGCCUCUACUUAAGGGUAGGCUAAAGGUGUUCCUGUUACUUUUUGCUUUGUUUCUCCUAAGUGGGGAAUGCAGAAAAAACGGGAAACAGGAACAGCAAGCCCCUAAGUACCUCUAAUCUACGUAGGUGCAUAGAGGAAUAUUCGGGAGAUCUGCGGAAAUGCAAAGAAGAAAUUAAGACUUUCGAAAACACAUGUGAUCGAAGGCUUAAGUAUGUGCAUGAUAGGGAGGGGCUGGACGAGUUGGAUUUCUCGAUUUGGACUGGGGUGGAGAAGAUGUAAGUCGGACUCGGGUAAGAGAACAAUUAUGUAACUGUGAUGAUUCUCGCUCUCGGCUGACAGUUAUACAACCAAAAACCGAUCAGAAUCAAUGUCUACGGAGGUACGGACGCAGCUUGUCCCUGCAACAGUAUUGGAAAUACCGUUACCUGGUUUAAUGGC